GUCAUGGCGUCUUUGGGAACGAAGCUGCAGCUGCUGCAAUUUAGCUAAAAUCUGUCGACAGUCUGUAUAUCGAAAUGGAGAAAAAUGCGAACCUGCAUCGAGACACUGACGGAAGUUCUUUGUGUGCCACGAUUGCGGCAGAGAUGGGCGAUGUUACGGUUGUCGGCGGAGUGAAAGGAACAGCCGAGAAAUGCAAGAAUAGUGAGGCUCCUCUCAGUACUUUGGUUAACGUUAGUUGUAAUGACAGCACCGCAAACGUUAGUGCUCCCAGCACCGUUAAUGUCACGUCCAGUGCUGGGAUGUCUGACGUGCCAGAAGCGGUCCAAACCGUGCCUCAGGAUAAUAAGAAGGACACCGAGGCGGGCGCUUCGUGGACGGAGUCCGGGGAUCAGAUCAGCAAUGGGAUGGGGCAUGACUCGGUGCUGGCUGCAGAAGAUAGCGAGGGUGUUGCCUCAAAGUUAGUAAACAAGACAACCGACGGCCCGUCCUCACCUCCCGCUAAGGAGAGCUUAGAUGUAGAGGCUGACGUUUCGGUUUGUGGAGAAACUGAGCCGACAAAACUUGCCAAGCCGGCUCAUCUGUGUCCGGACAAUGCGAUCACAGCAGACGUCAAGUCGGGGCUGUCCGGCGAUCGCACCUUAUCGGAGGGCAUGCCGAGUGGGAGUGACCCCGAUCGCAGCCUCGGUGGAGAGUCCCGAAGCAUGGAUUCCCUCGAGUCCUUCUCCAACCUCAACUCCUGCCCCAGCUCCGACCUGAAUAGCGAGGGACUGGAGGACAGAGGGCUGGCCCUGGCGCUGCAGAGCGAGUACGGGGCGGAUGGGACAAAGACUUCGUGCACGAAGGACCGGGCCGCCGGCCAGUCCAUAUACCACAUUAAGUGGAUCAAGUGGAGGGAGGAGAAUACGCCGAUCAUCACCCAGAACGAGAACGGCCCCUGUCCAUUACUGGCAAUUAUGAAUGUCCUACUGCUUGCAUGGAAGGUUAAGAUGCCACCUAUGAUGGAGAUUAUAACUGCUGAGCAAUUGAUGGAAUAUCUUGGAGACUACAUUCUGGAAACCAAGCCUAAAGAGAUUUCAGAGGCUCAGCGGCUAAACUAUGAGCAGAACAUGAGUGACGCCAUGGCUGUGUUGCAUAAGCUGCAGACAGGUCUGGAUGUGAAUGUGAAGUUCACAGGGGUGCGAGUCUUCGAGUACACCCCAGAAUGCAUUGUGUUUGAUCUGCUGGACAUCCCCCUUUACCAUGGCUGGCUGGUUGACCCCCAGAUGCAUGACAUUGUCAAGGCAGUGGGCAACUGCAGCUACAACCAGCUGGUGGAAAAGAUAAUAUCCUGCAAACAGUCAGACAACAGCGAGCUGGCAGGUGAAGGCAUUGUAGCAGAGCAGUUUCUGAGCAGCACAGCCACUCAGCUGACGUACCAUGGCUUAUGUGAGCUCACAUCCACUGUACAGGAGGGUGAGCUCUGUGUGUUUUUCAGGAAUAACCACUUCAGCACCAUGAUCAAAUACAAGGGCCAGCUGUACCUCCUGGUUACCGACCAAGGUUUCCUGACGGAGGAGAAGGUCGUCUGGGAGAGUCUGCACAAUGUCGACGGAGAUGGCAACUUCUGUGAUUCUGAGUUCCGGUUGCGGCCUCCUUCUGAUCCAGAGACUGUAUACCGCGGCCAACAGGAUCAGAUAGACCAGGUCUGAGCACUGAUGCAGGCAAGACUAGCAGAACCAGCAAUUAUCUACCACCACAUCUUGAUAUGCUUAACCGUGAUGUGCCUUUCACACCAUCAUUGUACCACAAAAGCUGAGACAGAAUGCAGGGCCAUCAAUGGCCCGCUGUUCCUCACUGUACUUUGCUCACGCAUCUGGAUUUAAACACUGGGGAAAAGAAGAUACAAAAAAAGAAACAACACACAUCACAACAAGUUCCAGGAAACGCCAGAAUGGCACAGAAUCGUCAAAAUGAAUGAGUGAGGGGGGAAAAAAAUCAACUGUGCACCAUCCUAGUCUAAAAAAAAGGAGGGGAAAGUUCCUAAAUAAUAGAUGUGUUAUGGCUCCCCACACCAAUCUCUGAGAGACACACACACACAAACAUGGCAGUCUGAAAAUCACAUAGCAGGGUUGUGUGGCGCCUCCCUCCAUUCUCAUCCAUGCUUUGCUGUAGCACACUGUCUCCACACUGGACCCUAAACAGUGCAUUGGGUUUAUGUCUCCUACGCAUUUGUACUUAAAUACACAGCUGUUUGCUCAAUGGUUGGCAAGAGUGCUCCAAACACAGAGCAUGCUGACAAAUUGUCUGCCGUGU